AUCUCCACCACGGUCUCGCCCGAUCCUGCUGCUUGCCCACAGGCGCGUGCCACAGAACGUCGAGGCGGAAACGAUCUAUCACGGAUGAGCAAUCGUCGUCCCACGGCGCCGGCAGUUUAUGCCCAACGGCCAAUGGCGUUGAGCACACGUGAGCAUUUCGAAAUUGCAAUGCCACGCCGCUGUGCCAUCGAGCGCUGUACGCGCUACGCCAAGGUCGACCAGCUCUGCCUCCUCCACGGGCGACUGCAGAGCAUUCGCCGCCAAGCACGCACGCACGUCGCGUCUAGCCCCAUGAGCAUCACCAUUUCCUGGGACAUGCUCCACCAAGUCCAGCCCAGCCGCAUGUGUCGAGCGCCCGGGUGCACGUCGUACGCGCGGCGGCGAGGUCGGUGCUCGCGCCACGGCGGUGCCAAGCCGUGUGCAGUCCACGAGUGCCAAACCCCCGCGCAGACUGGCGGUCAUUGCCGCGCCCACGGAGGCGGCAAGCACUGCAAAGCGGUCGGGUGCGAUGCAUUUGCUCGCUAUCAAGGCUGCUGCUCUCGCCACGCGACACCGCGGGAGCCGAGCUACCCCACUUUAUAGCUAGAAUACAUUUCUUGUAUGUCUCCA